AUGCUUUCUAGCGAGGCUCAGGAGCAGGGUUGGUGUAUCUGCGAGGCAAGAACAUGCCUGUUACUGGGAGGAUUAUCGGAUCAAUGGUGGAGAUUUCGUCCUGAAGCGGUCGCACUCGUUCGGAUUCGAGCGGAGCUCGGCCUCAGCGGAGAGGAUGAUGGUGACGGAGCCAGCAACGGCAUCAUCGUGACAUUACCACAGAGGAAGCUUCUGGAGCAAGCAAUCGUCGCCCUUCGGGUCGUUGACAAAGGCUCAGGUCUUCUCCUUUAG